AUGAGCCAUGGCUUUACAGAGAUGGCACCUAGAAGACUCGGACUCCGGAGGAGACUGGCUCUUCUUCUCCUGGUGCAGGCCUCGGCUAGCAAUCAAUUUCGAGGUCUACAAGCUGCCACCUCGACGACGUUUACAACAACCAGAACUGUCGAUCCCUGUCCAUCUGCGGCCACCGCAUGCGAAUGUGCGGCUGGAGAAAUUUGCGUCUGGAAGCCAUAUGCACAGGGAGGAGGCGUAUGCGAGAACGUCGGCACCAAGGGGCACAUUGACUGUUUCCUAUGUGCACAGCAGGCGCAUUGUGCCACAAUAACCUGCCCCGGCAUUGCCAGUCCCUGCUCAUGCGCAGCGUCUGCUGGUUGCGCAUGGGAUGACGUGGCAAGCGGAUGUGUGAGCUCCCUGCUCUCCUCCACCUCCUGCACUGCCUGCCCGACACAAGCAGGAUGUGAUGUUGACCCGCCGCUUCUUGCAAGCUACUACCCACAGAGGGGAGGCUCACACAGCAGCGGUGCCGACCUCCGAGUUGUCCUGCGCUUCACCAAGAACGUGAAAUGGUGCAGCGGCUCUUCCAUGACCGACGCUGUGAGCUUCUGGUGUGCUGGAAGUGUCAACGAGCAGAGCGUUCCUCGAACGCACAUGCAGAUAUCAUCUGGGGCUUUGACGAUCGACAUGUCCUGGUACCUGUCCACUGUGCAGCUGGAGUCUGCGAGGACUUGCGGGAUCUCGAUUCUGUCGACUGCGAUUUGUGACGAGGACGAGAUUCCGUUUGCCGGUCUGGAAAGGCAGGACUACAGUUUUGAGCUGUUGGAUACGAACCCUCCGAUUCUCAUCGACUUCGACCCGAACGGCUUGUCGGUUGCCGUUCCGUUGGACGGCUCCGUGAAUCUCCUGUGGAAUGAGCCUGUGAUGCUGCCGGUGGGGGGCGAUCUGCAGGCCAUCUUGAGCCGACUGGAGGUGGAUAGCACUGGGGCCACGAGCGCGGUGCAAUCGGUGCCGAUUGACCUCAAGGUGCCAUCGGCUGAGAUCAUCUCGUCCUCGCUGCUGCGCAUCCACCUGGACACCCUGCUCAGGGCUGGGAAGACCUACACGCUGGAGUUGCCGGCCGGUGCAGUCACAGACUUUGCCGGAAACCCUUGUGCAGAUCUCCCUGCCCAAGCUUACAACUUCCGAGCUGCAACUGGUGGAGAUGUGGUGGUUACACAGGGGUCGACCAGCAGCACCGCGGUGGGAGUUGUGAUUUUAAUUGUUUCCCUGGCGGUGUUUUGCACGCUGGCUGGUGGCAUCGGAACUGUGAAGCUCUGGCGAUCCCACGCCAGCAAAUUGAAAGCUUACCUCCCGACAGAGGGAGCAGUAAGAAGAAAGCCUGUGAAAUCGGCUCCAAUCAGCAUGACGGUGCCGGAGACGAGCAAGCCGGCUUCGUACGAGAGCACCUCUGCCUCUCCAUUCGCAGAAGAGAAAGCACGUGCAGAGUCGGCCUAUAGAUCAGCAGCUGCUGCGGCAGAGCGGCUCGGGAAAGAUGCUCCCAGCAACCCGAGCAACUCGAGCACGGAAGCCAAGACCUCUGCGACCGCCGGUGGUACCUGGGCCCAACGGCCGAGCAGCAAAGCCGGGCCUUCUCCCAAAGUUCAUCCCGGUCGAGACGGGUUUCUCGGAGACUAA